GUUGUCUGCCACGCUCAGUUCUAAGUGAAAAUUUGCCGUGAAAAGUUGACACGACCGAAGAAAAGAAAAAUCGUCAAGUGUGCUUCGUAGAGCAAAAAUUUAUCCUCUAUUUUCAGUUCGAUAACUCGCAUCAAUUUGGAUUAAAAAGUGUUAAAUCGGUGAUCCUUCAACUAGCGAAGCUCUGGGUGAUAAAAUUCACCAGAAAAACCACCUCAAAAUGUGUUAAAAGAUGAUUUUUCCUAAAAUCUUAUGUGACCUCGAAGACGCUGAAAAAAAACUAAACGAGUGGUGCCAUCACUCGCUUGAAAAGUGAAAACUAUCUUGAACAUUCAAAAACAAAACCCGCCAUGGUGACGACGCUUGUCUGUUGCUAAUGUUGCAUCUGUCUGUCUGUCAUAUUUCGCCGUAAAACAAAGGUUACUCGGAUUUGUGGGUUACGUAACGUCGCUCAGGAUAAAAGUGUCACCUGUCAGUAGCGGAGGAAGAAGCGUCUGUCUCCCGGCCGGAUUGGUGACCCACGUGGAUGUUGGAAGAACAACGUGGAUGUUGGAAGAACAACGAACAAACUGAAACCAAACAAAAAAAGUUUGGUUAUGCUAGAGUCCUGCUCCUUCAGGCGUCAGCUGUCAGAGAAUGAUGAAUAGGAAUAGAAUGCUGCUGCCAGCGGCGCUUAUCCUGAUCACGAAUUUCGGCGUUUUGUUCGCCUACAACAGCGAUGCGGACGAAACGGUGGAGCACAUUAAAAUCGGAGGCCUCUUCGAUGGAGACACCGACGACGCAUCCCUUGCCUUCCAGUACGCCGUAGAGGCAGUAAACAACGAAAAGCUGUCCUAUUCCAACUACCGGUUGGAGGCCCAUCCCGUUACGGUCAAAUACGGAGACGAGUUCGACGUAUCCAAGAAACUAUGCAAACUAUUGAGGUCCGGCGUGGCCGCCAUCUUCGGUCCGAUUUCGCCCCGUUCCGCCGUACAUGUGCACAGUAUCUGCGACGAGAAGGAAAUGCCACACAUUGAGACCCGCUGGAAUGCCCACUCGCAGCUGCCAACGUUGAACAUCCAUCCACAUCCGCACAUCAUGGCUCGUGUUUUCCUGGAUCUGGUUGUGGCGUUCGAGUGGAAGGAUUUCACCAUCAUCUACGAAUCCGGACCGUGGCUGCCGGGGAUAUCCGAUCUGCUGAAAAUGUACGACCCAAAGGGCUAUACCAUUACCGUUCGUCAAUUGGAUCUGAAGCUGAAUGGGAACUUUCGGCCGGUACUGAGACGUGUUAAGCAGUCCGAUGACAACAACAUUAUCUUUGCAUGCUCGAUUCAGUCAAUGCCGGAGGUGCUGAAGCAGGCCCAACAGGUUGGACUGUUGACCGACCACCAUCAAAUCAUUAUCACUUCGCUGGAUUUGCACACCAUCGACCUGGAACCGUACCAGUACAGUGGAACCAACAUCACCGGAGUUCGAAUGGUCGAUCCCGAUGAAGACAAAAUCAGGCAGAUCACCGAUUUUCUGAAUGCCUCGCAGAUUUCCCGUACUCUCGAGUUAAACGAAGGUCUAAACCCGGCAACGAUGCGCAUCGAAACCGCUCUGAUGUACGAUGCGGUACUACUUUUUGCCGAAGCGCUUCGCUAUCUGAUCGGCACGGAUCCUCCGCAUCCAUUGGAAGCGAUUCCACUGAAAUGUGAAGACGAUGUCACCUGGAAAAGUGGAUACAGCGUAAUCAAUUACAUGAAAACAUCCAACAUUUAUGGGCUAACGCGAGCACUAAAAUUUGAUCACGAAGGUCGCCGAUCGGAUUUCCUUCUGGACAUUGUCGAACUGGGACCGGCUGGAUUGGAGAAAGUUGCCGUGUGGAACUCCACGGAAGGUUUGAACUCCACCCGUAAAAAAGAGGGAGCUGCGUUGGCUUUUGACGAUGCAACACUACAGAAUCGAACGUUCCGAGUUCUGACUGCUCUAUCUCCUCCAUACGGAAUGCUGAAGGACUCCCCGACUAGAUUAACCGGAAACGAUCGAUUCGAAGGGUUCGGCAUCGACUUGAUUAACGAGUUAUCCCUGCUGCUCGGUUUCAACUACACGUUCAUACUGCAGGAAGACGGUGUUUACGGUUCGUUAAACCGCGACACUGGCAAGUGGAACGGUAUGGUUCAGGAACUGCUGGAAUGGCGAGCGGAUUUGGCCAUUACCGAUCUAACCAUCACCUCCGAUCGGGAAAGUGCUGUCGAUUUCACCAUGCCCUUCAUGAACCUUGGAAUCUCUAUCCUGUACCGGAAGCCUACCAAAGAACCUCCAUCGCUGUUCUCCUUCAUGUCACCCUUUUCGAAGCAAGUUUGGUUGUAUCUGGGAGGUGCGUACAUGACAGUGUCUCUCUCGCUUUUCAUCCUGGGGCGACUCUCGCCAAAGGAGUGGGACAAUCCUUACCCGUGUAUUGAGGAACCGGAGGAGCUGGAGAAUCAAUUCAGCUUCAGUAACUCGAUGUGGUUCACGAUAGGUGCUCUGCUACAGCAGGGAUCCGAAAUUGCUCCCAAAGCUUCCUCAACCCGCGCCGUAGCUUCCAUCUGGUGGUUCUUUACGCUUAUUAUGGUUUCAUCCUACACCGCCAAUCUGGCUGCCUUUUUGACUGUGGAACAGAUACAUUCACCGAUCAGCAGUGCCACGGAUUUGGCUGCAGCCAGCGGCAAGAUCAAAUACGGAGCGAAACGAGACGGAAGUACGUUCAGCUUCUUCAAGGAUGCCGAAGAUGAAGUCUACCAAACGAUGUACCAAUACAUGAUACAAAAUCCGGAUCUUCUAACCUCUUCCAAUCCGGAAGGAUUGAAUCGGGUCAAAACGGAGAACUACGCGUUUCUAAUGGAAUCCACUUCGAUCGAGUAUAUCGUUGAGCGAGAGUGCGAUGUUACCCAGAUCGGAGAUUUGCUUGAUGACAAAGGAUAUGGAAUUGCGAUGAGGAAAAACUCUCCGUACCGCAGUGCACUAAGUGAAGCGGUUCUGCGACUGCAGGAACAAGGUGUUUUGACAUCUCUGAAACGAAAAUGGUGGAAGGAGAAACGCGGUGGCGGUGCUUGUGCGAACGCAAUGGAAGAAGGUGGAGCUCUUGCUCUGGAAGUUGCCAACGUAGGAGGCGUAUUCGUGCUGCUGAUCGUAGGCUGCGUGAUCGCAGUCUUUAUUAGCUUUUGCGAGAUGUUGUGCGAUGUUCACAGCCGCUCGCGUGAACUGAAGCAAAGUUCGGCCGACGACGGUGCCGAAGAACUCGGCAUGGACAACGUGGGCGGUGUGUUCUUCGUACUGUGCGUCGGCUGCUCAACGGCCAUGGUGAUUGGCUGUUGUGAUUUACUCUGCGACGUUCUGCACCGAGCCCGCCGGCAUAAGGUUUCCUUCCGGGAAGAACUGAUCGCCGAACUGCGCUUCGUAGCUAAGUGUUCCGGCAACACGAAACCGGUACGCCAUCGGAAGAGCUCGUCCGGUUCGAGAAACUCGCUCGAAUCCGGACUGACCGAGCAUUCCACCAGUCCAAAGCUAGAGGUCAGCGAACACCCGAACGGGAAAUCUUCCCUCAACGCCAAAGCCAAUGGACGGAAGGUGGCAUCAUCACUGGAUGACUGAAACUGAUACGAAUUAACACAAGAAUUUAUUUGAUAUUAUCAGCGAUAAGGAAUUCUAGUUGAAAUCGUUGUUGAUUUAUUUUUUGCAUUUUCCAACCAAUAACGCUUAUCUUCACAUAACAGUGUUUGUAGCUCACGCGAAAAGUCCCACGUAGAAGACUAGAGUCACUUACUUCUCAGCGAAA